AUGGUUCAGGAAACGCCUUUUCAGGCUCACUUCGCGGAUGCAGCCGGGACAGGACUAACACUGAGUCAGAGUCAGAAAAGAGACGCAGAGAUGUCUUACAGAUCAGCUCCACAUUCUUCUUACAAGAAGAUGUUCGGCGGGGACAGGUCCACCUCUAGGACCACCUACUCCAGCCGUCAGUUCUCCAGCCCUGUGCGCUCCUCCCGGGUGUCCUACUCUUAUUCCUCCGCUCCCACCGUCUUCGCCACGAAGACCCAGAGGCUCCGGAGCAGCGUGGCCAUGCCCCGGCUGGCCUCCGAGAACCUGGACUUCUCCCUGUCCGACGCCAUCAACAGCGAGUUCAUCACCAACCGCACCAACGAGAAGGCGCAGAUGCAGUCCCUCAACGACCGCUUCGCCAGCUACAUCGAGAAGGUCCGCUUCUUGGAGCAGCAGAACAAGAUCCUGCUGGCCGAGCUGGAGCAGCUGCGGGGCAAAGGCACGUCCCGGGUCGCGGAUCUGUACGAGGAUGAGAUGCGGGAGCUGCGCCGUCAGGUGGACCAGCUCACAAACGAGAGGGCCCGGGUGGAAGUUCACCGGGAUAACCUGGCGGACGAUAUCGACCGCCUGAGAGAGAAGUAGGGGGCGUGGCACUUUUAUAUCACCUUUAGAGAGUCAUACACGUUCAGUUUAAUGUUAAUAAGUUAACAAUAAUGAUUAUUAACCUGUCUCUAUGACUUAAAAUCAGUGUUUACUACUCUACUUUUUUGGCACUGAUAUGGGCCGUCCAUUGCGCCAAACCUAAGUAUGAAACUUGCUGCAGCUUUUUGUGUCUGAGGAGUUCUUUCUAAGGUUUUAUGCAUGAACAAAACAAUGAAUUUGAAAGUGUAAAGAUUGAAAGUUUUCAUUAGUUUCGAAUGCAUGCUUUUGUUUGUCCUUGCAGACUGCAGGAGGAGAUGUCCCUGCGUGAGGAGGCGGAGAGCAACAUGCAGAGCUUCAGACAGGUACGGUAUGACUCAUGCAAUGAAAUCAAGCGCGUUUGCACAGGGUAUAUCUUCACAUUUGUCAUAUUUUAUGUUAUAUAUAUUAGGGCUUGACCGAUUUAUCGGCAAGUUGAUUAAAUCGGCCAAUUUUAGCCUAUUUGAGACUAAUCGGUAAUCGGACAAAACUCGCCGAUUUUCGUUGAUAUAAGAUUCGGUUCACCGACUUAUCAUGUAGAUGGCGCAGGGAUCGAAUGACAAUCUUCAUCCACUAGCUACCUCACAGCAGAGCAGAGUGAAGGAUCUGAGUUGAAAACGCUGUUCUGUUCCGAGUUUGAUCAGUAUGUCUUCCUGUCGGCGCGAAGAGCAGUAGCCUACAGUAUAUCUACAGUAUAUAUAUUUAAUAACUUCAUAAAAAAUGUAAAAAAAUCGGCUAGGUAAUCGGUAACUGGAUCCCCCCCCCCCCCCCCAGUAAUCGGUAUCGGCCACAACUCACCGAUUUUCGCUGAUAUUGUCAGAAAUAAAAUGCGGAGAAUAAGAUUCGGUUUCACUUCGAAAAUGUUCCGCCAUUUGAAAAGUUCCCAGACUUAUCCUGUAGAUGGCGCAGCGACCUCAUGACGAUUUUCAUCCACUAGCUACCUCACAGCACAGCAGAGUGAAGGCUCUGAGUUGAAAACGCUGUUCUGGUCCGAGUUUGAUCAGUACGUCUUCCUGUCGGCGCGAAGAGCAGUAGCCUACAGUAUACAUAUAUAUAUAUAUUAUAACUUAAUAAAAAAAAUUAAAAAUCGGUCGAUUAAUCGGUAAUCUGUUUUUUUCCCCCUAAUAAUUGGCAUUGGCCCCAAAAAAUCCAAAUCGUCGGGCCCUAAUAUACAUGGGUAUGAUGGUUGGAUGACUUCUGGGCCCACUGUAGCCGCACCCUCAGAGCUAUUUCUGUUUGAGUAGGGGUGUAGUGCCUUAAAUAAGACAUGAGCUGCGGCUAACAAAAAGAUUGGAUAAACCUUUUUAACCUCAAUGAGUCUCACUUCUAACAGGUUAGUGGUAUAACUGUCGCCUUUCUCCUUCCUUAGAUCUCAAUCUAAUUAUUGCUCAUGAGAGCCGCAGAGACAGGAACGCUCUCUUCUGAUGGCACAACAGCAGAUUCAGACAUGGGCCCGAAUAGCUACAGAGCAGAACUGACCCCGUCCCAGUACAAAAGGCCAAGUUGUGGCUGUUGAGUUAAAUGAGGCCUGUAGUGAGAGGAGAUCUUUUUAAGUCUGACCGGUCACGCUGAAUGAGACGGACACAAACACAACAACGGUGCGGAUCCAGUGUGGUUAUCAGAGCGAGAAGACAAGCCACCAUGUGAUCCGACUGUCUCAUUCUGGGAGGCCAUGAGCUCACAGUCUCAGAGAGGGACUGUCAGAGAGAUUGUUCCCUAUCACUGAGUUUCAUGCUGGAUAAUGAAGAGAUGAUGAGAGCUGCAGAUGGUUCCAAAUGAGUGUCAUGAGAUAACAGAGGCAGAAAUCCAAAUUAGGCACUUUUACAAACCCGCAGAAAUGAAUUGUGGAUGGAUAUUUAAAGGGGCACACACGAUUCUCAAGUUGCUUUUGCUCUUUUUAGGGACUACAUUUGGUUAUCGAUACUUUUCACAAUCGUUAUUUAUGUGCUUGAAUGACAGGAAGGAAGUUCCUGUGUGGCAUUCCAUGGUGGCACUCAGACAACAAUGCUGUGCCUACAGCGGCUCUCGCUCAGUCAGGCAGACAGUCACUCUUCCAGCCGCGGGCCGAUUUGGGAAACCCUGUUGAAUAGCUCACUUUGUUUGUGGCAUUAGAGCAGGGGCAAAGCUGUUCAUUUGCUGAUACCUCACUAACCAGCCUGCCAGCGCCCUGACAAAGCUGUGGCACCGCAACAAGUUUGUGAGUACAGGAGGUAGAAAGGAAAUGGAAAGAAUGUGAAAGGAUAUUUAAAAAAACAGGUACAUGAACUAAGAUUAAAAGCUUUUGUGUAAAAUCAGAGAAUGGUCAGAUAGAGAGUUAUCUUAUUAUGCAGUGAUAGAGCUCUCAGGGGAAUGUCCAGAUUUCUACCAAAAGAAACAGUCCAGAUUUUCAGGGUAGGCAUGCAGCUAAGAAAUAACAAAUGAGAUUAAGGACUGUUUGAAUAACUCUUUGUGGUUCUGGGUGUUCUUGGCAUUACUUUUCUUUAUAAGAUCACAUUCCUUUGUUUUGGAAAGAGGCCGAAAGUCUCACAGGGGUUUUGGAAAACUUUCUCCCUAAAAGUCAGGACAGAGAGGCAUGAAAUGAUUUGUUGGAUUGCUAGGUAACCUGCCCUAAAAACAGGAUCACUCUCACCUCGUGUCGGUGUAAGUUCUCUGGUACUACACUGAUAGCAGAGUGUUUAAUUGAUACUUCAGUCAUUGGAUGCCGUGAGUACAAAUUUAAGCAAGUACAAACACAAUUGUAUAAAGUAGUAAAUGCCAAAAAUGCAGAAAAGAAACAUGAUAUAUUCCUCUGAAAUGGUCUGUAGGUGCCGCACUGAACAUAACGUGGAAAUUACCUGCAGUGACAUUGCUCACGUGGCUACACUUCAUUUAAUUAGAUGCAUUCGUAUGUGUGACCUUGCUUUGCUGCACAAUGGGUCAUGUUGUGUAUGUGGCAGCCGUGUGGGGGUGCCUGUACUGCAUGCGGAAGAUCUUUUUUUCACUGUGUCAGCAAACCCUCAGUGCUUGAAAUCAUGUCACCUUCACAAGUCACCUUAUUAAGAGUCAGUGUCGCUACGCAGGAUGUGGACAAUGCUGCUCUGGCCAGGCUGGAUCUGGAGCGGAAGGUGGAGGCCCUGCAGGAUGAAAUCAACUUCCUCAAGAAGCUGCAUGAUGAGGUAAGCUUCCUUCUUAUUGUGGCUAAAGCUGGCCCGGUAUGUUGUGGAAACACUAAGCAUGUGUGUGUUGCCUAACAAGAUGAAGGCACCUAAUAAAUACCAAAUAAUUUCAGGUAUUUGUUGAUCUACCUAGAGUGCAAAAUGAGUUCAAGGCAUUGGAGAAACAAUAGUGAUUUACAAGUCCAUUUGUUUCUGUUGCAGGAAUUACUGGAGCUGCAGAACCAGAUACAGCAGCAGCAUGUGCAGGUGGACAUGGAGAUAGCUAAACCUGACCUGACAGCUGCUCUGAGAGAUGUCCGCCUGCAGUACGAGAACCUGGCAUCCAAAAACAUCCAGGAGUCUGAGGAUUGGUACAAAUCCAAGGUGAAGAUUUUCAACAAAGACUAAGUAUUUGAUUGAAUUCGAAGAAUGUUUAGGAACAACACAAUAAGAUGAUGAUAGCUGAAAGGUUUUUAGGUCUUUAUUUUGGUUCCUGCCUUUAAUUUCGGUCAGUGUUGUUUUUUAUUUUCUUAAAAAGCACCACCCCAGGCCAAGAUGCCUGAAUUUUCCUUCAAGACUUGGUAGACACAAAAACAUCCUUGAUAGUGCACACACUUUCCAAAAAUACUACUUAAAGAGAUUAAAGGGUGCCCCCAAUUAUCUAGAUCUUUUAAUAUGGCAGUGUUUGUGAAAAAGUUUAUGUUAUCAAUUUAAAAUUUGUAAUAUUUCACAAUUAUUUUCACAAUGUUUCUACCACUCUACCUUGCCAAAAACAAUCCUCCAGAUUAGAAAUAAGAUUAAAUUACAAUUAAAAUGCUUUAAAACGUGCCAAAGUACUCAAAAGCAGGCCAGUUAAUCAUAAUCCGCAUGGCCUUUGGUCGGUCACUUGAUACAAACAGUGUUUCUUCAAAACUGUUUCAACCACCAAACUGCUGUGUAAUGUCUGCAAGCCUCCCCUGUGACCCCAUCUUUCAUAACUCACUCUCUCCCCCUCUCUCUCUCUCUCUCUUGCCCUCUGACUCAUCAUUUAUUGAACAGUUGAUUUCUGUUUUCUUCUUGUCUCAUCCUUCUGUUUGCCCCUGCUGGUUGCCAGUUCGCUGACCUCACUGAUGCGGCUGCCAGGAACAACGACGCUUUGAGAGUGGCCAAGCAAGAGUCCAACGACUAUAGGCGCCAAGUUCAGGCACUUACUUGUGAAGUGGAUGCUCUCAAAGGAACUGUGAGUACGCAGCUUUGAAUAUACAGCGUGGAAUACAAGAUUACUUUGCAAACAAAAAUAACAACUGUGGUUAUUUUCAGGUGAUAUUUUUUAUUUUUAUUUAACCUUUAUUUAACCAGGAAAUAUCAGAUGGAGAUGGGAAAGGCAGUAAACACAAAAUACAGUUACAUAUUUACAUAAAUGGUGGCCAACUUUGCAGGUGUACCAGUGUAGCCAGUGGUAGCAUUUAAAUGACUUCAAACCAAGACUUCCCUUUUCAUGAUCAGCAAUGCUAACAGUCCACUUAUCUCUGCAAAAUCAAAUAAAGGCCAUUGUUACUUGGUUUGAUACAUCCUCCUUGGAAGCAUCUAUUUAUCUGUUCUUGGUGAGUCUCAGUUUCAUUGUAAAUUGUAAGUUACCCCGAGGCUUAACUCUGGCUUACCCCAGCUGAUAGUAACUGAAACCAAAAUUGUCAAGAGUGAAAAUUAAAGUUUUAUCAAGUCCGUCUUCAAGAAGAGAAAAAAGAUUUAUAGCCCCAAGUUCAAAUAUUUGAUAUUGAACCAAUUGUUAGCGAUCAGAUAUUGAUUAAUGGAGAGAUGCAUCCAAUGUAGGGGAUGUCAUUGGAGAUGAUUUCUUGAUUUUUGCCUCUCAGUUUUCCCUGCUGGUAUGUGGGAAAUCAACAUUUAUGUGACCUUCAAAUGUAUGCAGAAACCAAAACACUUCUCAUACUAAAGUCCAAACCCCAAACAGGUUUGACAUUUUUAUGGUCUUUAUGGACUGGAAUCAAAAAGAGCACAAAAACUUCAUCACACGAACAAAAGAAGUUGUCACGAGAAAGAUAAAUAAAAGGGAAAGUUCCUUCUAACCAGCCACAGGGAGCCUUUGUAUGAACCAAGUUGUUUUCUCUGCCUGAGAGUCAUUUUGACCGUCUUUUGGCUGCUGUCCUAGAAUGAGUCCUUGGAGCGUCAGAUGAGAGAAAUGGAGGAGAACUUCUCCCUGGAAACGAAUGGUUACCAGGACAGCAUCGGGCGUCUGGAAGACGACAUUCACAACAUGAAGGACGAGAUGGCUCGCCACCUGCGGGAGUACCAGGACCUCUUGAAUGUCAAGAUGGCCCUGGACAUUGAGAUUGCUACCUAUAGGAAGCUGCUGGAAGGAGAGGAGAGCAGGUGGCCUCUAAUUCUGUCCGACAGAUAUGUCCUUGUUUAUGAAGUAGAUAGGAAAAAAAUGUACCGGUUGAUUUUUAAACUUCAAUUUCUCUAUUUCCAGGAUUACCACCCCUCUGCCAAACUUCUCAACUCUAAACCUGAGAGGUACUGCCACAUUUUGUUCAUGUAUUUUUGAGCAAUUAGGUCAGUUUUGUUUAUUUUAUUGCCACUAAAUUCUACAAAACACUUAUUUCCCCCCUAGAAACGAUGAUUGAUUCCAAACCUCACAUUGAAACCACAACAACCAAGAAGGUUCUCAUUAAGACCAUCGAGACCAGGGAUGGUCAGGUAGACAUCAUUUAAAACGAUUUCCCAUCUUUAAAGGAAUUUUCUGACACUACCCUCAUCCGGCACACACUUCCUCUCAUCAAUUUUUCUCUGUCCUCAUUCAGGUGAUCAACGAGUCGACCCAGAACCACGACGACAUGGAGUAA